UUAUGGCUCUACCCGGAAGCUUGAUAGUGUAGGAAUUUCCGGUUACGUCAGAGCGUCAGGACUCCAUUAGAGUUGCAGCUGUUUGUAGAGAAACAUCAACAAAACACGGUAACUGACAGGUCGCUCCGUGCUCGACAACAAGGCCUCAAGUCUGGAAGGAUAACUUUCAUUUCCCACCCGGAGCUCCGCCGUAUUCUAACCACGGCCGCUCUCGGUGAGGAAACUCUGGCCUCCGCUUCCUCCUCCUCCGACUCGGACACCGGCGGAGCGUCGCCGCCCCCGCGGAAGAAGCACCGAGCCUCGGCGGCGGAGGGAGUAGGAGAGCCCGGGGCUUCAACAGUUUUAACAGGCCUCUCUGGAGUUGUCUUGGGACUUGCUACUCACUCUCAAACCACGUCGGCCAUCCAGUUUAACCGAAGUGUUGUCAAUAAUCUCAGCAGCAUGCAGUCAAACGGGGCAGGACAAGGACAAGAAUCUUCAGAACUACCCUGCCUCAAUAGCGCACAAAACGGAGAAUCGUCCUCGGCUGGUGGAACCCACUCCAAUGGGCUUCUGUCCAACACAGACAACGGCAACAACAGUGUCGGUACCAGUAAUGGCUCUUCAGUUGGGCCCUGUGUCGGGACUUCGACUGCCUCGAUGGCGUUAAACUCGGAGGUUGGCUCGUUGAAAAAGAAGAAACGACUGUCGCAGGCGGAGGAAGAUGUCAUACGAUUAAUAGGGCAACAUCUCCACGGACUGGGGCUCAAUCAGACAGUUGAUCUGCUGAUGCAGGAAUCGGGGUGCAGACUGGAACACCCGUCCGCUACCAAGUUCCGCAACCAUGUCAUGGAGGGGGAGUGGGAAAAGGCUGAGAAUGAUCUCAACGAGCUGAGAGCACUGAUGCAUUCUCCCAACGCUAUUGUGCGUAUGAAGUUCCUGUUGUUGCAGCAGAAGUACCUGGAGUAUCUGGAGGAUGGCAAAGUCCUGGAGGCUUUGCAGGUUCUCAGGGGAGAGCUGACUCCACUCAAAUACAACACAGAUCGCAUCCAUGUACUCAGCGGAUAUCUGAUGUGCAGCCAUGCUGAGGAUCUUAGAGCCAAGGCAGAGUGGGAGGGAAAGGGUACCGCCUCCCGCUGUCGGCUGUUAGACAAGCUCCAGACAUACCUGCCGCCCUCUGUGAUGUUGCCCCCAAGGCGACUCCAUACCCUAUUAAAGCAAGCUGUGGAGCUCCAGAGGGACCGCUGCCUUUAUCAUAACACCAAGAUGGAUAACAGCCUGGACUCUGUCUCUCUUCUGCUUGAUCAUGUCUGCAGCAGGAAGCAGUUCCCCUGUUACACCCAACAGAUUCUGACAGAGCACUGUAACGAAGUUUGGUUCUGCAAAUUCUCAAACGACGGCACCAAACUAGCGACAGGCUCCAAAGACACCACGGUCAUAAUCUGGCAAGUUGACAUGGAGAGCCAUCAGCUGAAGCUGCUGCGAACUCUGGAAGGCCACGCGUACGGAGUCUCCUACUUAGCCUGGAGUCCUGACGACACCUACCUGAUAGCCUGUGGACCGGAUGACUGCUCUGAGCUCUGGCUCUGGAAUAUUCAGACGGGGGAGCUGCGCACCAAAAUGUCGCAGUCCCAUGAAGACAGUCUGACCAGCGUGGCCUGGAAUCCUGACGGCAAACGAUUCGUCACCGGAGGACAAAGAGGACAGUUUUAUCAGUGUGAUCUUGACGGGAACUUAUUAGACUCUUGGGAAGGGGUGAGAGUGCAGUGCCUGUGGUGCCUGGGCGAUGGCAGGACAGUGUUGGCCUCAGACACCCACCAGCGAAUCCGAGGGUACAACUUUGAGGACCUCACAGACAGAAACAUAGUUCAAGAGGACCACCCUAUCAUGUCCUUUACUGUUUCAAAGAAUGGUAGAUUAGCUUUGUUAAAUGUAGCAACUCAGGGAGUGCACCUGUGGGAUCUUCAAGACCGGGUGCUGGUGAGAAAGUACCAGGGUGUGACCCAGGGCUUCUACACCAUCCACUCCUGCUUCGGAGGACACAAUGAAGACUUCAUCGCCAGUGGAAGUGAAGACCACAAAGUGUACAUCUGGCAUAGGCGUGGAGAACUCCCCAUUGCAGAGCUCACAGGUCAUACGCGCACAGUUAACUGCGUGAGCUGGAACCCAGCCGUCCCUGGACUCAUGGCUUCAGCCUCAGAUGACGGCACCGUGCGUAUCUGGGGUCCCGCCCCCUUUCAAGACUCACAAGAGGCAGAUGGACCCCAUGAAAAUUGCAGUAACAUGGACAGUUGAUGGUCAGUAACAGCCGGCAUCUUUCUUUGACAACAAUCCAAGAAUCCCAAGACGAAAUUUACAAAGGAAUCAGAAGCGAAGAAUAGCGAGCAGCGGCCACCAACAACACAAGAGCAAUCAAAAGCAAGAAGAAAAUGGUUUAAGUGGCCACGGGGGGAAGAAAAAAAAACACGGAGAGGGACAUCCUGGAUAUUUCAAAUCCUUUUCAAAAGUUUGAUCCCGGCUGGAAGUUGGAAAAAAAAUUCAAAAAAUAAAAACAAAAAGAAACAGCCAGUACCGGUGGGAUCCUCCAGAGGUGAGCUGUCAGCUGCUCUUUCCUUCCAACUGUUCCGUCCUCCCCCAUUUCACGGCGUGGCCAGCAGCCAUGCCAGGUCCUCGCAUGUUUCCCAGGAAGCCCGCUUCUACCUUGAGCAUGGAGCACAUGGACGUUCCUGUGAAGCAUCCAGACCGACAGUGCAGACCAGCCAUCUUCUCAUUGGACUAAAUCUGUCUGCUCGUCUCUCACGCCGAGCGUCUAGUUUCUCAUGGACGUGGGUGGGCUGUUGUUGGGGGAGGAUGGUGCACAGAGAGAUAUAGCAACUCUUUUGUAUGUAUGUUUUCCACUCCCCCCGUUUCUUGCUAUAUUCUUCAUAUUCUGUCGUUUGGACAAAGGCGGAAAAGUCCACCUCACCAACACUGACUGACCAGCUGACAAUGAACAGGAAAAAAAAGAGGCUAUGCUAAAUGUGUGAAUUUUUUUUAUGAUAGUCAUAGCGUUUAUUCUCAAUUAAAAGGGGAAUCUUAGCUCAAGAAGUGCCCACGGAAAGCUUUAGCGUGAAAAUUCAGCGUUUUGUUUCUCAACAUUAGAAAGAGAGCCUUUUUAUUCCUUAAUUUAACGUCCAACAGAGACGGUCGCUCUAAGAUUUUCGAGGUGACGGCAAUCCCUGUCGCGCUAGCUGCAGCACAACUCCCAUGACAUCAGAGAGCUUCACGGGCCACAUAUCAGCCGGGACGGGGGGCGCACACAUGGUUGACGAAGAUCUCAAAGUUUGUUCCAACCUUCAAAACACGCUGCUGUCCCUGUUGUGUGAGUGGGUUUGCUCCAGCGAACUGAUCUUUUGGUGCAGAUUCUGUUGGUGUGUGUGUAUUUUUUCUUUUUUUUUUUUUGUAUGUUUGCGUGUUGAAAUUCACACCAGCAGAAAAGCCCUCCCCUCCCCAUAAAUUCCCCAGAGUUUAUUCCCAUCUUGAAAAUGUAAAGAGGAUUUUAAAGCAAUUCUGAGUUAUCCAAAGCCCCAAAGGGACCUCCCUCCGUGGAACAAAGAAUACUUGAUAGCCAUUUUUUCUUUUUUAGAUUGGGGGCUUUAAUUUUACAUUAGAAUGUUGUUUUUUUUCUGCCUUUAACCAUUCACCAUUUAAAUGGCUCUGGAUUACUGGCACAAGAUAUCCUGGAACAAGAACAUAUUUGAUAUUUGACUGAGGCUGAAAAAGGAACUGUGAAGUGUUACUUGCAAAAGGUCAUUUCAUAAGAAAAGUGAACGAUUGUAAUUGAUUAGUGGAGAAAAUGUUCAAAUGAAGCAGCAACAAUCUGAACCGCGCUCCGAUCGCACAACGACAAAGUAUUGCAAUCCUCAAAACAGAAGAAAACCCAAACUGCCUUCCAUUCUUUUUUUUAUACAUAUAUAUAUAUAUAUAUAUAUAUAUAGUUGCACACAGAAUCCAAACUGCACUUUGAGUAGGUCUCAUCUCUCUGCUCACACAGCAAUGGCAUAACACCUCAUGGUCGCCCCACCUGCUAUCUAUACGGCGUAGAAGGUUUCACAGGUUGACAACAGCGGGUUGCAUAAGGACUCGAGCCUUUAGCCGUGCUCCUGUUCACUCUGUAAGAGGGUGACUGACCUUCAGGCUAGCAUUUUUAAGGCUUUAUCACAUUUGGAGCCUAAAGAGAGAAUUCAGCAUUAAUGCCUCCUUUGCUCUUCAGCCAAGUUCCCCAGUGGUCAUUGUACCAUUCAGAGCUCCCUCUCCCUCUUUCUGGGCUGUAAUGACAAUUUGCUACAGACCAAUUUACAGUAAAAUGUUUCAAAACCGUGCUUUUCUGUCUGUUUUUAUUGCUUUUUUUUUGUUACUUAAUGUUUUUGUUCACAUUAUACCUUUUUUUUUUUUUUUUUUUUUUUUUGGUUGAACUCUGUCCCUGUAUGAUCAUAUUAAAAUAUAACCAGACAUUUGGAGUCCUCCUUUUUUGUAAGUAUAGUAACCAUUCAUAGCUUUCUUUUACAUAAAAAUAUUUAUAUCUUUUGUUUGUGAUUAAUAUUCUGUUUCAUUUAUCUGCCGCCACUAUUGAAAACGAAUAUGCACAGUAACACCCAUAACCGGUGAGCAAGAGGAGGGUCAUAGGACACGUGUUACAUACAAUCGAUUCAGGUUCUAGCAUCCAGCCCUCGCCUUUAAAGAGUUUCCUUCUUGUGAAAAUCUGCUUGAUUGCAUGUCUGUGUGAUUAACUGGUAUUCUGUUCGGUGUGCCAUUGUAAACUGGCAGUUGCUACUUCUGUAACCCUUAGAAAUGCCAAAUCACUCGAGGCACACAGUGGUGUUUUAUGUAGAAUUUAUUUUAUUUUUUAUGUCAUAGUCUGAUAUUCACACUUUGGAAACCUCUUAAUUCCUGGACUGUAGGAUGGACACUCCUCUUCCAUGCCAUGCAAAAAAAAAAUAUAAAUAAAUAAACCUAAGGGGGGGAAAAACAUGCACACUAAAAACCCGGAAAAAUGUUUCAGUUCAAUUUAUCACUUGAUGGUGGCAAAUGCUAUGUCUGUAUGCAACCUGGUGUCUUCUCUGUUCUGAGUUUACCGAGGGAUUCGUUUCUGAUUUAACUAUGUCUUAUUUCUCUGAGGUCACAUGCUGGGUAGGUAUUUGGAGGGGAAUACUAAGAGCUUACUGUAGCAUCUUUAGGUUCCUUCGGCUUGGGGGGGGGUCGGGGAUGAUGUUUUGGGGUUUGCGUUCAAUGUCUUAUUUGCAAAAGUGAUUGUACUGUUUUGUAUUGUCGUGUAGGAAAAAGUGUUAUGUAUGCAUAUUUUCAAUAAAGCAUUCAGGGUUUUAAAAAAAAAAAGCCCAUGA